UGAUGAUCAACGUCACUCCGAUCGCAAUCGGGGCGCGGUCACAUGCCGUGCCCACCUUACCGGAUUGGGAGAUUUGUUUUCGACCCGGCUGAGGCUGGGGUCGUUCCUGCCUCCGAUUUACUACUGCCUUUCCCCCCGCUUGGUUGCCGAUUGAUUAUCUUCCUUCUUGUUUAUUCCCUCCAACUGCUUCAGCCUCUUUUCUUCAUUUUGUUUCCUGUAGUAAGUGAGCCCGUCUGGCCUCCCUACCGUGCGUUUUGUCUUAUUCGCAACCCGCAGCCCUUGCUUGUGAUUCAGUUCUAGUUGCCACUGCAGACCACCGCCCUUCCCUGAAUUGGUGGUUUCCAGCCCAAUCAAACCGCCGUUUCUGCAUCAACCAAUUCUUCCCGCCCAAUUUCCCUGGUUACCAUAGGACCAUGCCGCUUUGCCCUGAAGCCCUUGAAUGAACAUUCU